AUGGAUACUGACACAUUGAAGAUUUUCCAGGAAAAAGAUGACAAGAUACAAGAAUUUGAAAUGAAUCGAUCAAGAAAGGGAUUUUUAUCUGCAAAUGCUAAGCAAACAUCAUUAAGUGUUGCACAUAUAUCAUUGCCAAGAAGCCACAUCGGCGAUUGCAUUGACGAAUAUUAUGAAUCAGUUAAAGGUUUAUUCGGUAAAACAUUGGACAGAGCCGAAUUCAUCUGUGAACAACAAAUUUUUUCAAUUCCACAUCACAAUAAGACAUUAAAAUCGAUAGUUGAUACAAGAUCAAUGAGUAGUUCCAUAAAGUCUGACACAUUACAAUGUAAAAGAAAGAUACCACUAAUAAUCAUUUUUUAA